AUGGACUACCGUGGAAAGCACGUCGCGUCGGUGAAUUAUGACAACUUCUUGCAAGAGGCACCGCGGUUUAACCCCCGCGAGAAACUGAAGCGUUCGGGCAGCCCACUCUUCUAUUCACGGAGCUUCAGGGAGCAUAUUCCGACAUUCCCAACAGUCGCAGGGGCUUUUCGCCCGUCUUCAGCGAUAACGUGGGUGAAGGGGAAAAAUGAAUUUGACAGACAGCUGCAGUCGCACCGCCGUUACCAUUCCCUAUUAGAGAAUAGGAGGAACGUCGAUAAACUGCGCCACGUUCUUUCCACAAAGGCAGCAACUCUUAGCUCUAAGGAAGCUCAGGAAGCACAUGAAAGUACCGUCGCGUUACUAUCGACAAGAAGCAACUCGGUUGUUACAACGCUUGGUCCAUUGUCAUCUUGCAACACCACAUUUAACAGCGACACUUCCACAUUCUCAACACCGCAACGCCUAAAGUCUGUGGACAGCAUAGUGGCGGAUCUCACAAUUAUCCGUGAAGCGGCGGAGUGUCAGUCUUCCUCCCGCCAACUUCGGUCGAACACCAACGGUUCCCUUUGCAGUGAAGGCUGUACGGGUUUAACUCACCUACCCACGUUUUGCGUCCGCCACGGGUGUUUGUUCGUAAAUAGUCGCGCUAAUCGGCGAACGGAACAAACGUUUGUCGACCGUUUCACUUCCUCUGAACUACCGGCAGAAAUCCCAAUGGGCCACGAUAAUUCCUUCACGCAAAUGAUGGGAAACAAAUGUGGCAGUCGCCAUAUCGAUGAAAGACUUCUUACCCUUCUGCGUGCGAGAGACGUGAGCGCCUGA